CAUCAGAAGCUGCUGCUGACACAUCAGGAAAGCAUUUGGUGGGAAGCGAGGCAUUGGCUGAGUGCCUGAUCAAGAAGGGUUCGUUGAGCCUUCUGAAGAAGAAGUGGGAGUCUUGUGAUCUUGCUACAUCGCCAACAACAAGGACUUUGCUCAGAAGCAAGUCCUACAAGUUUUUGCCUCAUUGCUCUGCCAGUAAUGUGAAGUUACCACUGAGUAAAUCAACUCAAACCAGGCUCUGCCACAGUACUCGUCAGUCUUCACCUCACUUCAACAACGGCCUGAAGUCCACAAACAUCCAGAGCUUCCACGUUAGCCACAGUACCAGCAGUAACAUCAAUACCCGAGCUAGAAUUACUGUGGUAAGUUCACCAGAAACCACCCCUGUUGUGAGACAGUCCAAGGCUGUUAUUUGUACCAGAAUGGAAAGUGAGUUGGAAACCCAAACCGUUGGAAGCGAAAGGCUGGGAAAGAAGGACAUUUCAGCUUCGCCCACAUCCCUGCACGAAAUGGAAACGAACGGGAAUGAAAUUGUCAGGGAAGACCUGGAGGCUGGCCGGAAGAUUGAACGAUUUGUGAUCCCACUCGCCAAUCUGAAGAUGAUGUUUGAGAUGUCAGACACGGCCUUAACUCCUGUGCAAGUGAGGAACAGCAAUAAGGAACUGAGAGGUAGAAGUUCGAUCUCGCCACCGUCCAAGCAGCAGCUUAAAACUCCUCCGGGCGACUUGUCCAGAGUUCCAGAUCGUGCAGUUAGCAGGGAACCUGAAACUUCUAUGACCAUGGAAGGCAAACAGUCAAACAACAUCAAGGCUGCCCCCACAUCUGAUGAGCCAGGCACAGCUCUCUCUGCACCUCUAGAUAUCCAGGAGAACAUCUCACUGAAGGAGAGAAUGGCGAUGUAUCAAGCGGCUGUGUCUAAGAAGGAAAGCGGCAACUCUUCUGGUCUUGCUCCAGAGGAAGAGGCUUGCACGCUGCCCGGAGGCCUGGCGAGUGUGAAGAAACAGUUUGAAUCACAAGAGAUCACAGCCUCACACAGCACGGUUACCCAGUACCAUUACCAGCAACGAUCUGUACAGGAGAUGACGAGCGCCAGUGAGGUUCAAGUAAAUAGCAGCAUUAGGACAACCGAACAGGAAAAUGGACCACCACUGAACAAACAGCUCGAAGCUUACCAGAUGGAAACGGCGUCUGUUAUUGAACAGAAUACUCAUCAGUCAAGCAGAACUGCCAAUUUUGUAGAUAAAGCGGAUGUGAUGAUUGAAGAUGAAAUGCCUAAAAUCUCGACUCAGAUGUUAAAACAGCAGUUUGAAAAAUCAACCCAGCCUAGCCCUGUUAAGUCUAUUCCCACCAAACAGACCAAGACAGAGAAUAACUUACAGCAGCACCUCGUUGUGUCCAGUUCAGUGAGAGAAGGCCGGAUUUCUGAAGAUGCCUCAUUAAAGCAUGUAAAUGUUGUAGCUCCUGUCACUGUUCCCGUCUCUGCCAAUUCCAGUCACUGUGGAAGCAUAGAAGAAUUCCCUCCUCCCCCUCCAGAACUGCUGAAGAUCCCAUCAGAGAUGACGACCUAUUUUUCCCAAUCUCCUGAACCACCCCCCUCUCCGAACAAUCCAGUCAUUCCUAAGGAACUCUAUUCCAAGCAAAGGAAUCUCUACGAACUGAAACGUUUGUACAAACACAUCAACCCGGAGAUGAGGAGGAACUUGGAAAAAGACUUCAUAGAAGAGAUCAGUGAGAUUGUGACUAAUGAAACGAAAGUGAACGAUGUAGUGGGAGAUGUUCAACAGGCAAAGUAUGCAUUUGAGCACACUGGACACAGCCCCCAGAAAUGUGUGAGCCCGGAACGGGAAUAUCUGGAGUGGGAUGAGAUCCUUAAGGGUGAAGUGCAAUCCAUGCGCUGGAUGUUUGAGACUCAACCACUGGAUUCCAUCAAGGACGAGGCUCCCGAUCAAUACAACUGCAGAUCUGUCUCACAGCAAGAAAUGAUUGCGGGCGGGGAUGUCAAGUACACCGCCUGGAUGUUUGAGACGCAAGCCAUUGAUACACUUGGUACAGGCUCUUCUGAUUCUACAGAAGUCAGUAUUAAAGUGCCCGAGUUAGCAAGAGGAGAUGUCCGCACUGCUACUUGGCUGUUUGAAACGCAACCUCUCGAUUCCAUGAAUAAAAUUUAUCAAGAGGAAGACCAGGCGCUGGCCGAGAAAGACAUCACCGCUGGCGAUGUCAAAACCGCACGGUAUUUGUUUGAAACUCAGCCACUCGAUAUUCUAGGACACUUGGAUUCAGUGGAUGAAACAAAUUUCCUGCAUCUGAGAACUGAAGUGGAGGAAAUCAAGGGAGACGUGAAGAAAACAACCAGGUUGUUUGAAACUCAGCCGCUCUACGUCAUCCAAGAUCAGUCCGGUCAGGUCCUGGAGAUCAAAACUGUCAGCAGAGAGGAGACUGAACGAGGAGAUGUGAGGACCGCACGUUGGCUGUUUGAGACACAGCCUCUGGGGAUGAUCAACAAAGACAUCUCACAGGUAAAAGUGGUGCGUGGUAUCUCCAUGGCGGAAGUUAAUCAAGGUGGCGUGAAUCGAGCUAAAUGGUUGUUUGAAACGCAGACUUUAGACAGUAUCAAAGAGCAAUCCGAAACAGAAAGUUCUGUUCAAUAUAAAGAAGAAAUCCAGGGCGCUGAUGUUCGCAGACAGUGUUGGGCGUUUGAAACCCGACCACUCGACUCCCUGAAAGAUAACGAUGAGGCAGAACCUUUGGAAACUAAGGAGAUAAUGGGAGGUGACGUACAGUCCACAAAGCACUUGUUUGAGACUGUCCGCAUGGAUGUUCUAACAGACCGCCCAGAGGUAGGGAAACUGAAGCCAGUGAUUGCGUCUGAGGAAGAAAAAGGGGAUGUCAGACACCAAACCUGGGUCUUUGAGACUCAAGCCCUUGAAAUGAUUGGGGAAGAAAAGGAGAAAUAUGCAACAAUACAGCUCGAGAAAAUCAAUAAGGGCGGUGUUAGCAAUUAUACACAGAUCUUUGAAACCAUGAAUUUAAGUGGCAUUGAUGAAUCUAAAAAGAUCCAAGUGGAGGGUGUGACCAGCGGUGCCGUGAAGUCGAACAAAACUCUGUUUGAAACGACUCCUCUCUACGCCGUUCAGGAUAGCGCUGGCCACUAUCAUGAGGUCAAGACCGUGCGGAGAGAGGAAAUUGUGAGGGGGGACGUGCGAACGUGCAGGUGGAUGUUUGAGACCAAACCGAUCGAUCAGUUCGACGAGAGUAUGGAAAAGUUUCAAAUCAUCAAGGGCAUCUCGAAAGAAGAGAUACAAUCUGGGGACGUCAAGACUGCCAAAUGGCUCUUCGAAACCCAACCUCUCGACGCUAUCAAGUAUUUCAGCAACGUUGAGGAUGAAAGUAGUGCCACACAGCAGAGCGAUAUUGUCCGCGGAGAUGUACAGACAUGCAGGUGGCUGUUUGAGACACAGCCGAUAGACGCUCUUUAUGAAAAAGCAGAAAUGAAGAGUGAAGUAGAUGAGGUCCAGAGAGGUGAUGUGAAAACCUGUACUUGGCUAUUUGAAACUCAGCCACUGGAUACCAUAAAGGACAACUCAGAGACCGUUAUCACAGUGCGGACAGUACAGCAGGAGGAUAUUCAGGGAAGGGACGUGAGGAUGGCCCGCUUUCUGUUUGAGACUGAACCUCUGGCUAGGAUCCAGGGGAAGGAAAAGGAAGCGUUCAGACGGGUGACCGAGAUAGAUGUUCAGUCCGGGGAUGUGUCGCGUAAGAAAUGGAUCUUUGAGAACCAGUCUCUAGAUUUGAUCAGUUCCGGUUCGGACCGGGUGCUGAGAGAGAUCCGAACCACCAAAGCAGAAGAUAUUCAGAAAGGCAACGUUCUCAACUGCACAUGGCUUUUUGAAAACCAUCCCAUCGAUGCCAUCAAAGAAAGCUGUGAAGAGCAGGAUAUCAUGCGCACAGUCACUGAUGUGCAAGGGGGAGAUGUUGGUAAGGGACGUUUUAUUUUCGAGACUUAUUCUCUGGAUCAGAUUAGAUCAGAGGAAUCGUCAGAAAGCACUGACCUCAAACAGUUCAAUGUGGAACAAAUCGAAAAGGGAGACGUGAAAAACUACACCAUGCUGUUCGAAACUCAACCGCUGUACGCCAUCAAAGAUAAGGAAGGGUAUUAUCACGAGGUCACCACUGUUCGGAAGGAGGAGGUGAUUAGCGGAGACGUGCGAGGGACCAGGUGGCUGUUCGAAACCAAACCACUCGAUUCGAUCAAAGAAACCGAUGAGGUUUACGUUAUCAAAGCAGUGACACAGGAGGAUAUUCAGAAAGGAGAUGUCACUUCUGCACGAUGGAGGUUCGAGACGCAGCCACUAGACGAAAUCGCGGAUCACGAAAAAGUUGUCGUCAAAACGAUUUCCGACAUCCGAGGUGGCGAUGUGAAAUCCAACACCCAACUGUUUGAGUCUGAUCUGGAUCAAAGGUACAUUAGGACAGUGAGCGUGAGUGAAAUCCAGCAAGGUAAUGUGAGGACCGCGACAUGGCUUUUCGAAACGCGCACCAUCGAUGAGCUCAAGGGCGAAGACUGUGAGUAUAACGAGAUCAAAACGGUCGGGAGAGAGGACGUCCAGAGAGGAGAUGUCAGGCAGGCAAUCUGGCUUUUUGAAAAACAACCAUUGGACUCGAUACAGGAAACAGACGAAACCAAUACAAGAGUAAUCCGCGAGGAAAUUCCACCAGCGGAUGUCAAGACAACCACCUGGCUCUUUGAAACCACACCUUUACAUCAAUUCAACGAGAGCUCAGUGGAAAGGACAGAAAUAAUAGGGAAAAGUAUUUCACAAACGCUCAAGUCACUGUAUGACUGUAACAUUGUCCAGUCUCAAGGAGUCCUGAUUGAAGCCGAUGAGAUUGGAGAUGUCCGAAUGGCCAAAUAUAAGCUCCUGAAUCAAACCUCCCCUGAGAUACAGAGAGAAGAGAUUGUCCGAGGGGAUCUCCGAAAGAUCAUGAUGGAAUUGCUGGCCAACAAGGAAUCCACAGAGAGAGGGAUUAAAGUGGGUCAGGAUGAAAAAGGCAACGUUCAUUUGACCACGACACAGCUUCUGAACAGCUCAACCGACAUUAAUGUGGAAAAGGAAGAAAUAAUCAGUUGUGAUAUUCAACAGAUUAUCAACAGCCUUUUGAAUGAUGACGUCUCUGCCAAAAAAGGGAUUCUAAUUCAAGAGAGUGAGAAGGGCGAUGUCAGGAUGACCAUUUAUUCCCUUCUUAACCAAAGUAGCGAGACCAACAUUCAACAAGAUGAAGUUCUAGGAGGUGAUGUACAAACUGCCAUUGAUAACCUGUUAGCCACUUCCCAGGGCAGUAAGAUGGCACGCAGAGCUGUAAUCGAUGACACUGAGAGAGGUAAUGUUCAGUUCUACACCACCUGCAUAGAGUCUGGAGCUUUAGACUAUCUCAAACUUCUCCAGCAAAGUUCUGACGAAAGCUUUGUGUGCCAGGAUGAGUCCAAAGAAAUAAUCCACGGGGAUGUGGAGGGAGCCAAGAAAAUGCUUCAACAACAGCAAAUUCAAGUCGAACGCAUGGUGGCCGAGUCUGAGAUUGUACCCGGUGAUGUUCACAAUACAUUGAUUACUUUUAUGUCUGAGCAGAAAAAUGAUUCUGCCCGUGUGGGCCGAGAAUCUAUUAUAGGAGGUGAUUUAAGAGCCACUUUGGACUCGCUCAGUCAGGCCGUAAACAAACCUGCGGUGGUGGAAAAGGAGGCCAUUGUACCAGGUAAUCUAUCUGCGACUUUCAGAUCUCUGGAAGAAGCAAGAUAUCAACUCAAAGAUCUUGAAAAACCUGAAGUUGUUUCAGGGGAUGUGAGAGGGACCCUGGAAUCUCUGGAGAAGUCAGUCAAUACCAGGGCAGAAGUGCACAGAGAGGAAGUCAUGCCAGGUGACCUCCAGAACACUUUAAAAUCCUUGAGAGAAGCACAAAGCUCAACGAAGGAGAUUGAGAAAGCUACGGUCGUAACUGGCGACCUUCAGGCAACAAUGCAAACGUUACUGGAGACGGCGGCUGAGAGGAAAGUCGCACCACGUCAGGUGAGCAACAGAGGAAACGUCAAAGCUAUGAUGCAGAGUUUACUGGAGCCCCAACAACAACAACAACGACAACAACACACAGUUCAAUACCAAGACAGUUCAGAAGGCGUUCAAAGCACCAUUAAAACUCUGCUGCAAGGCGAGGAACAGAUAUCCUUUGCAAAUGAUGUCGCUUCUGAAGGAGAUUUGCAAGUUUCCAGAAAGUUCCCUGCAGCAAAUAAAGAUCAAAGGAAGAUAGAGAUUGUAAGAGAUGUUAAAGAAACUGUACAGACAAUGAGUGCUGAACAACAUGAGCAACAAGUUCAUAUGAAAGCGGCUGAUUCCGUCGUCAGGAGCCAUCGUGAGAAACUCCAAUGUCUCUCAAAUGCCAAAGAACAACAACAACAACAACAACAACAAAAUAACGUGUUUGGAGCCAUAAAGAGAGAUGGAAAGAAAACCGUGAACAUAUCUGAAGACUGUCACGUCCGGGUGCCGUGUAAGCAGAGUGGUGCUUCAAGUACUCAAGUUAUCAAACAACAAACUACAACAGCCAGGGCUUCGACUGAUAAAUACACUGUGCACAGAACACAAGAGACCUCUGGUGUAGGUAACCCCCAAAAGGUGACACAGCAGGUUCCAGUCUCAAGGAGAAAUGCUAAACCUAUUGAAACACCCCAAACUGAGGUCAAUACUACAGCCGAUCCAAUCCUUACACAAAUGACUAUAGUUCAAACCAUUCAAAACCCAGUCACUGCUCCACAACAUUCACAGAUAGCAACCCAAGUAAUCCAGACUUCCCUGUCUCAGUCAACCCAGGAGCAUAGUAUCAAACGCAAGCAGGAAACACUAAGUAUGAAAGAGUCCAAUACAAGUCUAGAGAACUACAGCAAGUUUAUACAUAAAAAUCCUAUUCCUAGCAUGUUCCUACCUGGAGCUGCUUCAUUGGAGAGAUCUAAUCUACCUGCAAACAAGAUUGACAUUAAAACUCAUAAUCCAGGAAAGAAAGGAAUAAGCCAGGUAAAAAUGGACAAGAACAGAAGUCUAACUGACCUUAAUUUCCCGCUCCCCCCACCACCCCCGCCACCUGCUCUGCAGCCCUCAGACACUGACCUUCCUCUCCUUCCUCUUCCUCCUCCACCAUCAAAUCUAGACUUUGAAAGGCAGAUGUUUGCUUCUCCUCAACCAUCCCUGACGUUAGUUCAGAACAAUCAAGAGACGCAUGAAAGCGACCACCUUCUGUCUACAAUAAGGACUAUUGACCACAAGUCCACAGCGGGUUGUCUCACUCCAUCUCAUUCACAUUCUGAAUUAGAUUUAUUGCCAUUGCCCCAAACAUCACCCCCUCCCCCACCACCUCCUCCUCCUCAAUUACCUUGUACAGGAAGAAAAUUGCUAGAUAAACCCAUAAAGUUCCACCCUUUGCAAACCAGCCCAAAAUGUGAGCCUAUUAAACCCAUUGAGCAACGGAAGCCUAAAGUAUUACGUGGGCUUCCUGUUUUGAAGCCAACGACUCAACCAAUGGAUGAAACUUCUGCACAACCCAAGGUUCCAGAGCAGAGACAUCACAAUGUUGCGCAAGAGAAACAAGUCAAACCAUCACAGCCAGAACAACCAGAGAUCCAGCCUUCAAAACGCCCAUCUCCUAUCCCAUCUUCAUCCCAUGAAGCAGUAAUCAGACCCAUUCCCAAACUCGCACAGCAACGAGAAACUCCAUCCUCUCCCGUCCCUCCUCCUCCUCCUCCUCCUGUUAAAGCUUUUGUGCCAUCGAAGAGGCUUCCCUCACCCAAACCAGACAAACCAAUAGUGACACCCAAACCUUACGUCAGGAGGUUUAAAACUCCUUUAAUGAUCGCUGAAGAAAGAUACCGAAAAGAGAGAGAGGAGAUGGAGAAAACUAAUGUGGCUAAAGUUCCUCAGCCCAUAACUGCAUGCAGAGCAGUGAGGAAUGUCUCAGAAGGUUCAGUUAAAGAGAUGCCGGAAGGUCUUGUAAAGGAUUUUACAGAGAAACCUUCAACGUCUGUGAUUAGCAGCUCAGCUGUGGAUCAUAUAGUUUCCACCCCUUACCAGGCCACAGGAAAACCCCUCACGUGUGGUGCAGUGCCUUGGGUUCCUCCUGAACAAACAGGAUCUGCUGUGGAAGAGCCACAGAUUGAUCAUAAGCCUGUGGGGUCUGUACUUGCAGAGCAUCAAGCUUAUUCCAAACAGGCAGCACACACACUGGACGAGGUCCAGAUUUCUGUGAAGCCCAAAGUCUAUUCUGCUGCAAGGCAGGACGUUUCUGCAACAACAACAUCAAGAACAAUUUCUUCCCAGUCCACAGUGGUAUCUGCUUCAGAGCAAUUACAGCACAUCCUGCAAUCUUCUUCAGAAGCAAUGAGUAGCAACCAGCAGAUCUUGAAUGCAUUUAAAGACUCGAGGAAAGAUAUUGUUUCAGGCAGCGUGAAACCAACACAGCAGCAGGGAAGGGAUCAAAUAGAAACAGACAAAAAGACAAAAAUUGGACAAUCCGGCCCACUAAAAACCCAGUCAGGGCCUCUGCCGAAAUUUAAAGUCAAAACUAUUGAGCGACCAAAGUCGGAGCAAAUGAUACAAGCAAAUAAAGAAAAUGUCCUCGCACAUACACGUCAGCAACAUCAAACUACCAGCCACGCAGAAACUAACGUACAAGAGAGAAGUGUUAAACAGUUUGAACAAAGGGAGCGUGUGGCUGUGGUCACACAAGAGCAACGUAACACUGCAGUUCAUCAAUCCCACCUGACGGAAGCUCAAACAGCGGCGACUGAAGCCACAGACCGGAAGGUUGAAAAGACGCCUGCUUCACAAACACUUGGGUUGAGCUCAGCUGCACAAAGUCACAUGAAAAUCAAGGGAGUCCAUCUGGCAGAUCAGCCAUCGUAUUCAGGCCAUUUUAAAGAAUCGGGGAGAAUACAGCAAAGGGAAAAGGGAGCAAUAUCCAAAGAGGCAAAGACUGAAAAGGCCCAGAAACAUUAUGUUAAGCCUCGGAAGGAAACCUAUCCGAUGGUUCAAGGAGAGCAACUUAACGCAGGCUUAGCACACUUGGCAGGAAGGUCAAAGGGCUUAAGUGAGCAGGUCCAUGUGGGAAAGCAAGUCAACUGGAACCAAACAAUGGUCAGGGAAAGUCAGGUAGAACAUAAAACUGAACAACGGGAAUGCUUUCAGGCAGAGGAGCAAGUGAGUUAUGCGAGAGAAGCAAGUGGUAAAUCCGGCCUGGUCCCUACACCUGUCAAACAGGUGCAACAGGCAAACAAAGAGAGUGUGAAUCUAAAGCUAUCUGACAAAGGCAAGGCCAAACCAGCUCAAGUGGAAGUUGGCGAGUGCUACCGGAAGCGUGAGGAAUUGCAAUACAUUUUAUUCCGAGUGAAAGAGUUUGAAAAGGAGAAUGACUACGUGGAUUUCAAUGCAGUGAAGGCGUUUCUGGAGAGAGUUCCUGAAUGGUUAACACACUGGGACGGGAGGGACCCAAGGGAAGUGGUCAAAGAAAAGAAUCUGCAAAUAGUAAAACAAGAACUAGCGGCUAUUAAACAGGAAGCCAUCGCCAAGCUGAUACAGUGCGAUGAUUUGAUCCAGAAAGGUCUGAUGUCACUCUCUGGUGUCAAACCUGCCAGAGAAACGUAUGGACCUUCACAGAAGAUAUCCAGGAUAAGCAUUGGAUCUUCUAAACUGGACAAACAAGGGAAAAAUCAAGUUUCGCAAGAACAAAUCGACGUAAGUAAGAAAGAGCAGUGGCGUGAGGUCAGAGUCACUGAGCCUAGAGCCCAGUCUCCAGCCAAGAGAAUGCCAUCGCCUUCGCCCUCCUACAUCACCAUCGAGUCCACGGCAAGACGCACAGAGUCUCCGCUGAGACCUUCUCCCUCUCCGUCACCUUUUCAGAAAGAGUGCAGCCCCCCACCCCCACUGGCCCGAGACUCCACCCCCACCCCUCCCUUACCCCCCCGUAGGGCAGACACGCCAACCUCCAGAAUCCGCACGAACUCCACCUCGCCCUCUCCUCCCAGAGGGAAACGUGCCGACCAGCUGGCCAAGCUGAAAGACACCACAGCCAAGCUGUCGCAAGGCGUCUCACAAUCCGUGCAGUCUGUACACGUUCACGUGGCGGAGAAGAGGUCAGAGAUUGUUUCCUCGCCCGCCACUCUUCGACGUCAGCUAAAGGUUGACACUCCAGUGGCAGACAUAUCAUCUAAACCAGCUUCCCCUGUCAUGUCCGUCACGGUUAAAGAUAGAACAGACAAGUUUGAAGAGGUCAAAAGAACAGAAGAAAACCAAAUCUUUGUGCGUAGGGAUGUCUCAGAUAUUUCUCAGGGUUUGGGCUUUGACACGAACGAGGCAGGAUUGGCGACAAGCAAACAAAGUGACCACAAGCCCAAGGUAGAUCUCUCGGAAUUAGUUCAUAGGUUUGAAAGCCCAGAUCCAACCACUUACUUUAGAAAAGAACCCAUCUUAAUCACUGAAAGGCUGGGCAGUGAUAGUGAAGAUGAAAUCCUUGAGAAGACCGGUAUCGUUGAAGAAAUCCCAACGCUUGAUGUCAAGUCUGUCAGGACGGUGUUUGAAAGUUCCGGACGAACCACAAGUCCUGUGAAGCAGGGAAAGUUCCUGAGGGAUUGCAAGGUUCCCUUGAGCAAAUCUCCUCAACCCGGCCACAGACUCAAUAAAGAUGCGAGUCGGGGGAAGUCGGUGAAAUCGUCCGCAUAUUCUGAAGGAAUCAGUCAGCAGGUGGUAGGGGUGGAGGAACGAUGUGCUGUUGGGAGUACAGUCACCAGCUCAAGAUCCAGCACUUGUUGUUCUGAACGUUUGCAGGCGUACUCUCGCCACGCGCCACCGGCUUACGAAGACGUCAUUUCUGGACAAAUCUUUGACAUUUCGGCCGACGACUCGCCAGAGGAAUUGUUGAAGAAUUUCCAAAAGACUUGGCAAGAGAGCGAGCGCGUCUUCAGGAGUCUCGGCUACGAAAUCUCAGAAACCAACGAGAUCGGCUGGCAAAGUGACCAGCUUCAGGAACGUGGGUCGCUGAUCGAUAAUCCAGCUUCCAGCCAAGGAGACAUGCACGGCUUGUCAAAAGACGGUAUAUCCCAUGGAAUACCUGGCAGCAGACAAGCACAUCUUUCAUAAGUCCUGUUUUCGUUGCCAUCACUGUAACAGUAA